AAGUUUGUGUGCAAUACAUUCCACAGCAAUGAAAAGAGGUAAUUUGCUGGAGAUUUUGAUUCUCCCUCACCACAUGCUAUGCUACACGGCGAGUGUAGGAAAUUAAGGUUCAGUUGUCCUAGCUGGAGAUUUUGAUUCUCCCUCGCCACAUGCUAUGCUACACGGCGCGUGUUAAUGCUCGCUUAGAUCAUAGGCAUGUGCCGUCCUCAUACUCCCCGCGUAAUGACCACAGCGAUCCAUCGGGUAUAAAUUUGGCCGCAGAGCAACUCCCCGGUGCAGAUAACCCCAACGAUGGCGAUCAACAAAGUAGCUCUCGUCUCAGCCGUGCUGUUGCUGGUGAUCUCUUCCGCUGCUGCUGCUGCAGGGAGAGAUGUUCCUCCAGUCCUCCCCAAGGACAACGUUCUGCGCGACCACGGUAUCAUGAAUACCCCAGAGGAGAACGGCGGUCGCUCCGAAUCCAAGAUAUACGCCAUCACGCAGCCAAUAUUCCAUCCUCCCUACGUCCCACCUUGUGCUUCCAAGGCCGUUCGUGCGAGCGGGGUCACCAAGGACGAGAAGCGUUGUUAGGAGGGCAAGUGCUGCCGAGUAACUUGCAUCUCCAGCGGGUCCCUGUCAAGAUGUGAACAUGUGGAUCGUCAUCUGGUAUAAAAUAAGGAUAAAUAAUGUACCCGCGUUUUGCUACUGGCUUUGUAAAGCAACAUCUAUCAAACAGUAUGUUACUACUAAUAAAGACCUAUCGAUUAUGUCUCCGGAAAAAAAUGGAUAGAUUAUGCA